AUGAAGUUAAGCCGCCAGUUCACCGUGUUCGGCAGCGCGAUCUUCUGCGUGGUCAUCUUCUCGCUCUACCUGAUGUUGGACAGGGGUCACUUGGACUAUCCCCGGGGCCCGCGCCGCGAGGGCUCGUUCCCGCAGGGCCAGCUCUCAAUAUUGCAAGAAAAAAUAGACCAUUUGGAACGUCUGCUAGCUGAAAAUAAUGAGAUCAUCUCUAAUAUCAGAGAUUCUGUUAUCAACUUGAGUGAGUCUGUGGAGGAUGGUCCAAAAGGUUCACAAGGCAAUGCUAGCCAAGGUGUAGCACACACCCGGUCUUCCCAGUUAACCCUGCAGGCUGACCCCAAAGACUGUUUGUUUGCCUCACAGAGUGGAAGUCAGCAUCCAGAUGUGCAGAUGUUGGAUGUUUAUGAUCUAAUUCCUUUUGAUAAUCCAGAUGGGGGAGUUUGGAAACAAGGAUUUGACAUUAAUUAUGAAGCUGAUGAGUGGGACAGUGAACCCCUUCAAGUAUUUGUGGUGCCUCAUUCCCAUAAUGAUGCAGGUUGGUUGAAGACUUUCAAUGACUACUUUAAAGACAAGACUCAAUAUAUUUUUAAUAACAUGGUCCUAAAGCUGAAAGAAGACUCCAGCAUGAAAUUUAUGUGGUCUGAAAUCUCUUUCCUCUCAAAGUGGUGGGAUAUUAUAGAUAUUCCGAAGAAGGAGACUGUUAAAAGUUUACUGCAAAGUGGUCAGCUUGAAAUUGUGACUGGAGGCUGGGUUAUGCCUGAUGAAGCUACUCCACAUUAUUUUGCCUUAAUUGACCAACUUAUUGAAGGACAUCAGUGGCUGGAAAAACAUCUAGGAGUGAAACCUCGUUCGGGUUGGUCCAUUGAUCCUUUUGGACAUUCUCCAACAAUGGCUUAUCUUCUAAAUCGUGCUGGAUUUUCACACAUGCUCAUCCAGAGAGUUCAUUAUUCAGUUAAAAAACACUUCUCUUUGCAUAAAACAUUGGAGUUUUUUUGGAGACAGAAUUGGGAUUGGGGAUCUGACACAGAUAUUUUGUGCCACAUGAUGCCCUUCUACAGCUAUGAUAUCCCUCACACCUGUGGACCUGAUCCUAAAAUAUGCUGCCAGUUUGAUUUUAAACGGCUUAUUGGAGGCAGAUUCAGUUGUCCCUGGGGAGUCCCCCCAGAAGCAGUAUCUCCUGGAAAUGUCCAAAACAGAGCUCAAAUGCUACUGGAUCAGUACCGGAAGAAGUCAAAACUUUUCCGUACUAAAGUUCUUCUGGCCCCACUAGGAGACGAUUUCCGGUUCAGUGAAUACACAGAAUGGGACUUGCAGUGCAAGAACUAUGAACAGCUGUUUAAUUACCUGAAUUCUCAACCUCAUCUUAAAGUAAAGAUCCAGUUUGGAACUUUAUCAGAUUAUUUUGAUGCAUUGGAUAAAGCAACUGAGAAGAAUGACCAGCCCCUGUUCCCUGUUUUAAGUGGAGACUUUUUCACUUACUCUGACCGUGACGAUCAUUACUGGAGCGGCUACUUCACAUCUAGACCUUUCUACAAGCGAAUGGAUAGGAUCAUGGAGUCUCGUUUAAGGGCUGCUGAAAUUCUUUACUAUUUCGCCCUGAAACAAGCUCAGAAAUACAAGAUAAGUCAGUUUCUCUCUUCACCGCAUUAUACGACGCUGACAGAGGCCAGAAGAAACUUAGGACUGUUUCAGCAUCAUGAUGCUAUCACGGGAACCUCAAAAGACUGGGUAGUUGUGGAUUAUGGUACCAGAAUCUUCCAGUCACUAAAGUUUUUGGAUAGUAUAAUUGGAGAUGCUGCACUUCUUCUCAUUUUGAAGGACAAAAACAAUUAUCAGUCUUACUCUUCUGAAAGCUUCCUAGAGAUGGCUAUGAAGCAAAGCUCGCAAGAUUCUCUGCCCAAAAAAAAUGUCAUACAACUGAGUGCAAAAGAACCAAGGUACAUUGUGGUCUAUAAUCCUUUAGAACAAGAACGGAACUCAGUGAUCUCUAUCUGCGUGAGUUCCCCCACAGUGCAGGUGCUAUCUGAUUCAGGAAAACCUGUGGAGGUUCAAGUCAGUGCAGUCUGGAGCGAUGCAAGGACCAUUUCACAAACAGCCUAUGAGAUUUCUUUUCUAGCACAUACACUACCAUUGGGACUGAAAGUGUAUAAAAUUUUACAAUUAGAAAGUUCAAGCUCACAGUUGGCCAAUUAUGUCUUGUAUAAUGAUGGGAUAGCAGAAAAAGGAGUAUUCCACAUGGAGAGCAUGACAGAUGCAACGGAUGGUAUGGCUAUCGAGAACCCCUUCAUUGCACUUUGGUUUGAUGGAUCUGGGCUCAUGGAGAAAAUGAGAGCUAAAGAAGAUGGUAAACAUCAUGAAAUAAAGGUACAGUUUUCGUGGUACGGAACUACAAACAAAAGAGACAAAAGUGGGGCCUAUCUCUUCCUGCCUGAUGGGCAGGCCCAGCCAUAUGUUUCCCUAAAGCCGCCCUUUGUCAGAGUGACUCGUGGAAGGAUCUAUUCAGAAGUGACCUCCUUCUUUGAGCAUGUUAUUCAUACUGUCCGACUUUACAAUGUACAGGGAAUAGAAGGACAAUCUGUGGAAGUUUCUAAUGUUGUGGACAUUCGAAAUGUACAUAACCGUGAGAUUGUAAUGAGAAUUUCAUCUAAAAUAAGCAACCAAAAUAGAUUUUACACUGACUUAAAUGGAUACCAGAUUCAGCCUAGAAGGACCAUGAGCAAAUUGCCUAUUCAAGCCAAUGUCUAUCCAAUGACCACGAUGACAUACAUCCAGGAUGCUGCGCAUCGGCUGACACUGCUCUCUGCUCAGUCUUCAGGUGUUUCCAGUAUGACUUCUGGUCAAAUUGAAGUCUUCUUGGAUCGAAGGCUUAUGCAAGAUGACAACCGUGGCCUUGGGCAAGGCGUACAUGAUAAUAAGAUUACAGCCAGUUUGUUUCGAAUACUACUGGAAAAAAGAAGUGGCGUGAACAUGGAAGAAGACAAGAGUCCAGUCAGUUACCCUUCCCUCCUCAGCCACAUGACUUCUUCCUUCUUGAAUCAUCCAGUCCUUCCAAUGAUAGUAAAAGUAAAGAUCCCACCCACCUCUGUGCUGCUCAAUGAAUUCCCUCCACUGCUGUCAUCUUUACCCUGCGACAUCCACCUGGUUAAUUUAAGGACAAUUCAGUCAAAGGUGGGCAGUGGUUAUUCCGAUGAGGCAGCCUUGAUCCUCCACAGAAAAGGAUUUGACUGCCAGUUCUCCAGUCGAGGCAUGGGGCUGCACUGCUCUACUUCUCAGGGAAAGAUGCCAGUACAGAAACUUUUUGGCAAGUUUGCUGUGGAAAGUCUCAUUCCUUCAUCGUUAUCCUUGAUGCAUUCACCUCCAGAUGCCCAAAAUAUAAGUGAAAUCAGCUUGAGUCCUAUGGAAAUCAGCACAUUUCGAAUCCGAUUGAGGUGAACCUGACCUUCAGAUUUGAAUUGAGAAGCAUUGGCUUUUUACCUUUCUUGAUUUAAAGUGCAAUAAUGAAGCACAUUGUUUUAGCUUCUGGCUACUGUGAGAACAUGAAUUCUGUGAUUUUUUUUAUUAUUAUUAUUACCAGUAUAAUAAGAAAAGAAAAAGAAAAAGCCAUGCUAUCAACCAGAUUUCUUUUCAAAGUUUGUCCCACAAACAAUGACUGUCAGUGUGAAUUGAUGCAACAAAUGAAGAACUAUUGAAAGACAAUCCCUCAACAGACUGUAUCUCAGGUUAAAUGCUAACUAAUUAUGUUUGCGUUGGGGGUUGUGAAGAGAUUCUUAAUAUUCACAUCGCUGAUCCUUCAUUAAUUUUAUAAAAAUACCUAUUUGACCAAAAUGGGGUUGAGGGGGGGCCGAAGUUGGUGGGUAAUAGCUUAGUGGCCAAAAUGGUUGUAAUCAUUGAUCAUUGAUAGAAAUUUUUAAAUUUUCGUGUGUUGAAGUAUGUGGAAAAGUGCAAUCCCUCAACCUUUAUGAUAAAUGUAAUUGAUUUUCAUGCCUUUUCCUAAUGAACCUCUUGACUGUCCCUUUCCUAUCCAUAUAUUUCCAAAAAUAACUGAUUUUUGAAUCAUUCGAUAGUAGAGAGAGGCAUAUUUUCAUUACUUGACAAUGUGGGAUAGGUGCAAUUUAUUCCAUUGUCACUAAAAUAGAAGAAGCAAUUCCAUUGGUACCGUAAAUCUAUUUUAGGUACCACAAGGUGUCUUUAUACACAGCUCAUUUGAAUACAGGUGUUCUGAGGCGGGGUUUUCUAUUUUUAAAUUACCAUAUCAAAAUAAAUGUGCCUUAUUUUUUUAUAAGUCUUGUUAAAUCUUUUGGUGUCCAUAUUACUGUUCGGGAAAGGGGGGAUAUUGGGAGGCUGGGGCAAAAGGGUGGGUACUUUCUAUGACACAUAUAUUAUGUAAUUUUCGCCUGAUAAUGCUGGCCACAUUCUGAUCUGUUUCAUUAAAUUUGUGGUGGUGUUACUCUAAACAUUUUGACUAUUUGAAUGUACUGAGAUGUCAGAAAACAAAACAAGGAAGAAAAAUAUUGUUAAUUAAAAUAUGCUGCUGCCAAGGAAACUGCAACUUGAAGCAAGGAUUUUGUAAUACACAAGAUCCAGAUACUGUUUGCAUUUCACAGUAGUUAACCAUAUUGAAGAAAGAAUGCUUUAAAAUAGACUGUUUUGCAGUCCACCAUGUGUAGCUCAUCUUGAUGUAUCUUGCUAAAGAACAUGUCUGUUCAGUCAAUUCCAACCUUCUCUAUGUGCUAAACUCAAAGUGUUGUUCUAAGCCCAUGUGCCAUCAUAGAACUUUUUAAUAAAGUCUCUUUAGGAUCAUUAUUUCCUUAAUAUGAAAAUAACAAUCACAUUCAAUUUCAGCCUAGAAAGGAUGUUUUGGGUCUGUACAGUUUUGAAAAAUUAUUUUUGCUGUGCUAAUCUCAUUUAGUAUUGUCUGACUUUAAACUUGAGUUUACCUCCCACCAUUCUGAUACCCUUACAGAGAAAACAGUUUCUGUCUCAUGCAUUCUGAUUAUCUUCUGGAUUUUUCACUCAAGAUGCAGCUCCUAUGAUCAUCGUUACAUUAAAUUCAUAAACUCUUUGCCUUUAACCAUUAAAGAAACAAUACCAGUGUUGACAACAGUAUUUCAAGGGGGGUAAUUUCAUGCAAUAAACAUGUGAUGUCCAUUUCGUUGCUCAUUUCUGGGAAAAUAAGCAACUGAAACACAAUAAAAAACACUUCUUUCUGUGGGCAUCUACAGACUUUAGGAUUGCCGGAGCAGAUCCCAGGAAUUUGAUGAGCAUCCUCGUUGCAUCUUAAAUGUACACCUUCCUGUGGACAUUCACUGUGUUCUGUGGUUAAGUGGGUAUACUUAACCACUCUGGAAAUUCUGAUCAGAUGAGUGAAAACUGAUGCAAUAACCAUGGCUUUGCCGCUGGGUGUUUGAGGUAGACCUGCCCCUUGUUUGUCAGGGUUUGACCUAGUGUGUGCUGUUACCACCAGCUGCUCACAGGUGAAGCAGAAAUUCUCUUUAACCAGCAAGUUUCUGCUUUUUAAAGUUAUUUUCAGAGUACAGUAUUAGGGAAGUGAAGAGAAGAUACCCUGUUUUUAAAGCUUUGGGCGAUGGUCAUAAACUGACUAAAUAAUUGUGUGUUUGGUCCACACUUCAGCCAUGAUCUCGGUGGUGUAUUUGUUUGGUUAGAUUUUAUUACAUUUGUUGUCACAGAUGUUCAAUGGACCAGGUAGUUCCAUCACUGCCCUCUCCCCACUUUGAGAUUUUAAUUUGGUUUUACAAGUGUAUUGUUCAAAACUCAGCAUCCUUGUUUUCUACAAAUAUUGAUUAAAAUGCUGUAAGAUGUUGUAAAGCAUUGUAACUACCAUGCCCUGUCUUUGUUGUGCUUGUGCUGAAGUGUCUUCACAUUCCUUUGUCUAGAAGAAAAUGUUUACUUUCAUUCUGAUUAUUUUGCUCACCUUGGAAUCAACAGGUUUUGAUAUUUUUCUCUUGGAAGAUUUUUAUAUCUUUUUAGGAAUAUGUAAUAUAAGAUCUCUAAUAAACAAUAAUCUUAUCCUGUG